AUGGCUGGCGAUACGCAGGCGGCAGACGCCGCAAAUGCGCAAGUGGACAUCAUAGGGCACAUUCUAGAUAGCCCUCAUAUCGAAUUGCCCUUUGUCGAUUUUCAUCACCUGCUCGCAGGCAAAGUUUCCCUUCCUUCGCUAGAGCUUUUCGGCAUCGACCUUUCCAUCACCCGGCACGUAGUGAUUAUGUGGGUGGCGAGCAUCCUGCUCAUAGUGCUCAUGCUCCGGGCCUUCCGCAAGCCGCGCACUGUGCCUUCGGGUCUGGCCAAUUUCUUCGAAGCUAUCGUCGUCUUUCUGCGCGACGAGGUCGUAUUGCCCAUCAUGGGCGAAGACGGCAAAAAGUAUCUGCCUUUUUUGCUGACGCUGUUCUUUUUUAUUCUGUUUUGCAACCUACUGGGGCUAGUUCCCUAUAGUGCUGCGGCCACUGGUAACAUCAGCGUCACGGCGGGUCUGGCCCUGUGUUCCUUUUUGGUCAUGUUAGGGGCCGGCAUCGCCAACAACGGAUUGUUCGGCUACUGCAAGAGCCUGAUCCCUUCUGGGGUGCCGCCGGUGCUGCUCAUCAUUUUGAUUCCCGUAGAAUUGAUUGGUUUGUUGGUCAAGCCCUUCGCUUUGUGUGUGCGUCUUUUCGCCAAUAUGACCGGCGGCCACGUGGCGAUUUUGGUCUUCUUGGGCUUGAUCUCCAUUCUGCAAAGUUUGGGCAUCGGCCUGCUGGCCGGCAAAGCACUGGAGGGUGUCGCCCGCCAGCCCGAAGCCGUAGGCGACAUCCGCACCAAUAUGAUCCUGACGGCCGCUUUGGUCGAAGGCGUGGCCCUGAUCGGCGAGGUGUUUUGUCUGCUGAUCGUGCUGACUAAGUAG